GGCAUGCCGGGAGCCGCCCGCGCCGGCCUGAGGCGGCUGGGCCGGGGCGGGCAGGGCCGUGGCUGUGGCGGCAGCUCCCCCGCGGCGGCGGCAGCAGCGGCCGGCCCCACCUGAGGGGCCUCCGCCUGCAAACCCCACCCCCGGCCGCUCCCCCGCCGGCGAGGCCCGGCCCAUGGCGAGGCGUUCGGCGGGCUGCGCGGCGGCUCGGGGCGGCCGCUUCCUGCCCGCGCCAGACGGGCCAGCAGGUAGCGGCGGCCGCAGCUCGGCCGGGCCAUGCGCGACUACGAGGAGGUGACCGCCUUCCUGGGCGAGUGGGGCCGCUUCCAGCGGCUCGUCUUCUUCCUCCUCAGCGCCAGCAUCAUCCCCAACGGCUUCAACGGCCUCUCCAUCGUCUUCCUGGCCGGUACCCCCGAGCACCGCUGCGCCGUGCCCCGCGGGGCCAACCUGAGCGGCGAGUGGCGCAACGCCAGCAUCCCGCUGGAGCUGCGGGGCGGGCGGGCCGUGCCGAGCCGCUGCCGCCGCUACCGCCUGGCCGCGCUCGCCAACUUCUCGGCGCUGGGGCUGCGGCCCGGCUCCGACGUGGAGCUGGGGUCGCUGGAGCAGGAGCCGUGCCUGGACGGCUGGGAGUACAGCCGCGAUGUCUACCGCUCCACCAUCGUCACCGAGUGGAAUCUCGUAUGUGACAACGACUGGAAGGGACCCCUGAGCACCUCCCUCUUCUUUGUGGGUGUCCUGCUCGGAUCUUUCGUAUCGGGACAGCUCUCAGACAAGUUUGGCAGGAAGAAUGUACUGUUUGCAACUCUGGCAAUGCAGACUGGCUUCAGCUUCAUACAGGUCUUCUCUACCAGCUGGGAGAUGUUCUCAGUGUUCUUUGUGCUGGUUGGCAUGGGACAGAUAUCUAACUACGUGGCAGCAUUUGUUCUUGGCACAGAAAUUCUUGGCAAAUCAAUUCGUGUGCUGUUCUGCACGCUAGGCGUUUGCAUAUUUUAUGCCUUUGGCUACAUGUUGCUGCCACUGUUUGCUUACUUCAUCAGAGACUGGCGGAUGCUGCUGCUGGCACUUACUUUACCUGGGCUGCUCUGCAUCCCGCUCUGGUGGGUCAUUCCAGAAUCUCCACGGUGGCUGAUCUCCCAGGGAAGAUUUCAGGAGGCAGAAGACAUCAUCCGAAAGGCUGCAAAAACUAAUGGCAUUACAGCCCCAGAUGUAAUACUUGACCCUGGUGAGCUGCAAGAUAUGAAUUCCCAGAAGCAACAGACGUACACCAUUUUGGAUCUAAUGAAAACCCGAAAUAUCCUAACUAUCACAAUUAUGUCAGUGAUUCUUUGGAUGAUAAUCUCUGUCGGUUAUUUUGGACUUUCUCUUGACACACCUAACUUGCAUGGAGACGUCUAUGUGAACUGCUUCCUCUCGGCAGUGAUUGAAGUUCCAGCCUACAUUAUUUCCUGGCUGCUGCUUCGAAAUCUCCCUCGACGGUAUUCAAUGGCUGCUGCGUUAUUCUUGGGAGGCUGUGUUCUUCUCUUCAUUCAGCUGGUGCCUUCACAUAUUCGUGCGCUAUCUAUUCUACUGGUGAUGUUAGGGAAAUUUGGGAUCACAUCUGCCUUUUCAAUGGUUUAUGUUUACACGGCUGAGCUCUAUCCAACAGUAGUGAGAAACAUGGGAGUUGGAGCAAGUUCCAUGGCCUCUAGGCUGGGCAGCAUCCUCUCACCUUACUUUGUUUACCUCGGUGCCUAUGAUCGAUUCCUGCCUUACAUCCUGAUGGGGAGCCUGACUGUGCUAUCAGGAAUUCUGACUUUAUUUCUGCCGGAAAGCUAUGGUAUGCCUCUUCCGGACACAAUUGAGCAAAUGCUGUUGGUGAAAGGAUUAGAAUACAGACCUGCAUCUAGUAGCACAAGGGAUUCCAAGGAGGAAGAAGAAAAUCCGGAGAUUUUUAAAAGCACAGCUUUUUGAUGGAACUCCCGUGUACUUGUUGGUGGACUGAAAGUUAAAUGGACUUUUCUUCUAAUAUUCAUUCUAGAAAGGGCUAGUGGCAACACUUUGUUUCCUGUAAUUUUAACCUUAUUUAUUAAUUUAAACACUGUGUUCCAUACAUUCUCUUUUUAUAUGAACAUAAAUACUGUAUAGCCUUCAAUGAGACUUUUCAGCCACAGUUGUUCUAAUGCAAUAGUAUGAUGGAACGGUAUCUGAUCAAUCCGUUGUAAUUUAAGUGUAUAGUUCAGCUGAAAGAUACUUGAAAAUGAGUUCAAGGGCUGGCAGGGUACCUGGAUUCCUUGGUGAACCUUCUCCAGAACUAAUGCACAUCAAGAAGUAAAAUUGCCAGGAAAAGCUGCUCGUUGGUUUUGAUUCCUUGACUUCUGUCUCUGGACAGGUAACUUAUUUAUUACAGUGAAGGUUAUGAGAAUGUGCCUCUCUGCAGUCUUACUCAAAUGACUUUGCACGUGCUGAAUUUGUUACCAAGUUCAGAAAGAUGCAAAGAAAGAUUUUGAGAAUUAAUUCUAACUUGAUAUAUUUUAACUCAACAUAGAUUGAAAGGAUUGUCUCGCACAAAAUAUUUGUAGCACUGGAGUUUUGCUCACAAAAGUCACUUGAUUCUAAUGCUGGUUUUCAACUGUACCUGUACGGUGAAGUUGUUUACAUCUGACCCUGGAUGUGGCCUGCUUCCCGGCUGUGUGUAUCUUAAAUAAUGCAAAAGGUUCAUCUGUGUAUGGGAAGGGAGCGGUGUUAGUUUGGGGUUCUUCCAUUUCGAUGUCUGUUGGAAGUUUUAUGUCUAAAUUGUUUUAAUGUCUUCUGUGCAAUUUGGAUGAUGGAAACAAUUCUGCUGUCUUUGUUCUGUGCUUUUUCACGUGCAUGCACAUACACAUGCACACAAUAUAUUUAGAGCUAAAUUUUUGUGUUAAUCUAUGCCACUGCAUUGACCUCAUGAUGGAAUGUGUCUAGAACAAAAUUCAGAAUGGACUUCUCAAGUGCCAACUGCACGAUUGCUGUGAGGUCUGUUAUUUCACUUAACUCCUGUAAUCAGUGAAUUGUUUUCAAAUUGUUCUAAAAAAACCCCCAACAACAAACCUUGUUGACAGUCUGCCAAGAAAUUGUUCCUUGGGUCACAGAAACACCCUUGGCAUUACCCGCGUUCCUUUAAAAAUAUACAAUAUAUAUGUACGCUCAGUCUCAUUUGUGCUAUUCUGACCACGCAUUACGUUACACUUCGACAGACGUGAGUGGUGAAAGAUUUCUCUCUCGUGGCACUUGUUUGUGUACGUUCUGUCGUGUAGAGGCUUACUAAACAGAACCCAAACCGUUGUAGCCAAAGCCGUUAGGGGCCUUACUCUGCCGCAGCAGCUGCUGGUGGAAGUUUUGCAUUUUCCUACUGUAUUCACAUACCUGGGUGGCACCAGCUGAUUCCAGUCUUUUGUGAACCAGUACCCCAUAUUCUGUCCCUGAUAACCAGCUCCAGUAGUCGGACUGAUGCGCUGGUGUGUGUCCUCCAGGCUGCUUGUCUUAAAAACAGGAAAAAUAGAAAAAACUGUAAAGCCUAUAGUAGUUUGGUUUGUUGGGUUUGGUGGUUGGUUUUUUUAAACUCUUCCUACCAGUGUCUUGAGCUUUACAGUUUGCUCCACUUUCCCUGCAUUUUUCUCACCUACUUGUUUGGUAUUUUAAUUUCUGGAUGCAGCAGGAAGUUGGCCAGUGUUACCGGUCAGAGACUGAUACAGAGAAACGUAGUUUUGUCGUGUCGUCAGUUCUUACGAGGAGAGAAAUCCCGACGUUUGGGCAGGUUCAGUGUCACUCCUGUUUAAUAGCCUGACAGGCCCUUGGUGGAUGGCAUUAGAAUGCAGCGUGUGAUUUGAAACUAGUGCAAAAAUUCAGAAUCUGGAUUUUUUUUCUACCCAUACUGCACAUCAUAUAAUAACCUUGACAUGAGCAAACACGUGUCAGGAGGGAGCGUGUAACAGCCAGUUUCCCUUGCCCAAAAGACAUGAUAUCAUUUGUCAGGCUUACUACCUUGUUUGAAAUAUUCAUUACAAACUUAAGUAUAUGUUCUAAAACUUGGUAUGGAUAUUUCUCUUUGUAAACCUUAUUUUUAGAAACUGGAACAUUUAGAUGCAGCUUCUUUUCUGUGUGUUGUAGCAGAAUUAUCUGAUAACCGCAGGAAUCUGAGGCAAAACACUUUUAGCUGCAACUUCCUUGUAAUGAAUUUGCCAGUGUAAACAACCGUGUCCCAUAAGUCUCUUCCUGUAAACUAUUUCAGAAAAUAUCCUGAAAUGUAAGAUCCAUGCUUGCCUGAUACACAAUCUAGUGGAAAUUCCUGUCCUAAACUAGAGUCCAUUUAAUGUCUGAUUUGAGCUGUAAUUUCUUAUCCACUGUUUUAUCCAGGUAUAUGCCUUAACAGUGAGACUUCUGUUCUUGAAUAUUUAAAUAUUCUUACAUUUACUACAUUUUUGGUGGGGUUUUUUGUUUGUUUGUUUUUAAUCCAGCCAAAUUGGGGAAUUUCCUGGUUAUGACUAAUACUACAAAACACAAUGGCAAUUUCUUUGUGUCAAAAAACCCCCUUUUUUUUUUUCCUUGCUCAUCUUUUUUUUUAAAAACAAAAAGUAUGAGUCAGAAAUGUAGAAUACAUUUAACAUAGCAUCCUGGGUUAUGCUGGUUUGUUUUUUUUUCUCUUACUCUCUCAAGUUUAUCUCUAAAACAAGGAGCUUGUUCUAGUGGGUAGGCAGAAUCCAGCUAAUAGGUAUUUCCAGAAGAAAUUGAGGGAAUGUUUUCAUACAGGUAGGUGAUCCGAUCUGUGCAAAUAAGAUGAGAGGAACUGACCCCAUAGCUGGCAAAUCGUAGAGUGGCAUCGGUGCUGGCAGCAGGUGAGAUUUGCAGCACUAAGCAUGGCUACGGAUAUACCCGCAGAGUAGAGCACGGGUGCUGCACCGUGCCUUGGCUUUGAAAGGCGUCUGCCGAGUGCCGCGUUUCCCAAUGUGACCGACUCCUAGGCAGCGGGAGGUGUUGUUAACGGACACGUUGGCAUGUCACUUUGCGUUACCCUGAUGCCAAGCAGGAUUGGGACCGACUUUCUGAGACUCUGCUGUAACCGGACCGCUUUGUCACUCAAGUUUUUGCGACGUUUCUCUCCCCCCUGCAGAGCUGUUGUGUGAAAUGAGUCAAGGUCCACGUGGGAGACGCUUCUCUCGGCGUCAUGGUGGGACGCACCACGGCUGCACGGGACAGCCUUGAAUCCCAAGGUGAAGUCACACGCAGAUUGUCCCUUCUGUAAAGAGUUGAGGGGGUUUAGUACCAGUAUUUGAAUGCACCUAAACACACCUGUCUUGCCUAGUGUGCUGGCUAGCGGGGAAGGACUUGUUCUGCUGCACUCUGGGCAAGCUAGUGCUUUUGCUCCUGUUAUCCUCAAAGUAGUAGUGAGAGACACUUCGUAAGGGGGAAGGGUCAGAAUUUGCCUUUGAAAGAGGAGUUGUGAUAAACCUAUGAGCUCGUUGUACUGCAGAGGAAGAUAAGAUAGACUUUGAUGGAGGAAGAGAAGAUAGACUUUGACGUUAAGGCUAACCUUAACCUGGGAAAUACCGAAUGGUUUUGGUGCCCAUAACCUGUACUACAGCAGCAAUACAGGUUAGACAAAAUUAGCUGAUUAGGCAGAAAUCUCUGUUGCUAGAGAACUAUGCACAGUACAGUAUCUUCACCAAGCAAAAACAGCAUAUGGCCUCGAGUUGGGAACUAGGAUCCCAACCUUUCUGCUCUUAGAGUGACUUCUUUCAUCACCUUGGGCAUGUCACAUAAUCCUGUGACCUCAGUUUCUUUGCUUGCAAGUGGAAAUAGCAUUGACUCAAAAAGUAUCAUAAUUUCUUGUGAUGUUCAUGUUCCACAGUCCAGUCAUUAGAUUCUCUGUUUGACUCUCCUGACGGUGAAUGUAAUGCUCACACGAGCAUCACUUGGUAUUUCGUUUUUCAGUAGCAGGAAACUUUGGCUAACUUCUGACACUGUUUUUGUUAAGAGGUGUGAACACCUCCUCCCCCAUUGCCAAGUUACCGUUGGGAAGAAGAAAGCACGGGGAGGUGGUGCAGUGCCAGGGGAAUUGGACUGCAGUAAGUCAAGCCCAGGAUUGGGUUUUGAAUGCUUAAUCAUAUUCUUUUAAUUGCACAGCCCCUUCACAGUUCUACACAAAACUGCCUUCCGCAUCCCACCUGUGAGGUGUUGGUGAACAUUUUCACUGUGUACCUAACUACAUUGUAAAAAUACUCUUCUUUCAGGCACUUUUGAGAUAUGAUGAUGCUAAUGCUGUAUUGCUGAUCUCAUGGAAUUUGAGAUUAAUGUGAGUUAUACUCCUCUCUGCUUUACAGCCGGUUCUGUGUUACGGCCUCAUGCAGAGGGGCUCUUCUUUUAAUGCUCUCCAGGGGCCUGUGCACAUGAGUGCAGUAAGUGCGUGAGGAAACUGUCUGUCUGUGCAAAUAAAUACCUAUUUCAGUAUUUGUAGAAUAGAACCUCAAUCUUGGCGGUUGUAAACAGUUUUCUUCAAGUAUAGAAUCAGCUCAGGCACCAUAACGCCUUACUUACAAAUGCCUUUGGGGGUACUUUAGUAAUGGCCACAGCCUUGUAUGUAGAAAGACAGAGAAAUUUCUUUUAAGAAUGUAAAUAUUUCUGGCUGUAAUUAAAUUGAUUCUUACCUAGUUCUUUUUUUUUUAAUAGAAAAAUGCUUGGUUUUUGUGAAAUUCAGAAUAAAAUCAUAUCUGGAACUAUCUUUAAAA